ACUUUAUAAACAUCUAAAACACGUUAAGAGUUCAAGUUUAAGUUAUACAAACUUAUUUACCUUCAAUGAAUGAAUAAAACUCGCAAAUUAAUUUGACAAGUCCAUUUAACUGGAAGUACUAAACAGUCAACAAGAUUCCGUUUAAAUUUAUGGGAUUUUCAGUCAUAAUAAUGUAACCACCAGGACGUCUGUCAAGGAUUUUUACUCUUCGUUACUGGGGUCUGUUCAAAAUUUAAACGAAUAGUGAUCUUUUUGCUGCUUAGUAAACAAAUCUUUCAAUUUUUAUGGUGUGAACAGAAAAGGAUUUUUAUGGAAGGAUAAGUUGAGCGAACAUGGCUAAGAGUAAAUUUGAAUAUGUAAAGCAGUUUGAGUCGGAAGACAAAUGUUUGCCUAAUUGCUGGAUAGUUGUUAGAAUAGAUGGGAAGUCUUUUCACAGAUUUUCUGAUGUCCACCAUUUUGUAAAGCCUAAUGAUGACAGAGCUUUAAAUCUGAUGACUAAAGCUGCACAAUGUGUGAUGGAAGAAUACAAAGAUAUUGUCCUAAGUUAUGGACAGAGUGAUGAAUACAGCUUUGUUUUCAAGAAAAAUACUUCUGUAUUUAAUAGAAGGGGAAGUAAGAUAAUGAGUAACAUUGUCAGCUACUUUUCCUCCUGUUAUGUGUUUUACUGGUCAAGAUUCUUCAAUGUCCAGCCAUUACAGUAUCCUCCAGCAUUUGACAGUCGUGUUGUCCUCUACCCAUCAGAUAAAAACCUCAGAGAUUACCUCAGCUGGAGACAGGCAGAUUGCCACAUAAACAAUCUGUAUAAUACAUGUUUCUGGAAACUAGUGCAAGAUAAAGGUUUUACACCGGCUCAGUCUCAGGAAAGGUUAAAGGGAACAAUGUCUAGUGAUAAAAAUGAACUGUUAUAUCAAGAAUUUAAUACUAACUACAACAAUUUACCAGAUGUAUAUCGGAAAGGUUCUAUACUUCUGCCCAGUAAGGAAAAACCAGUGGAAUCAAAACCAAUGAACUCUACAUAUCCCAAUACAAAGGAGCCUCAUCGUGGUUCUGUGUCUUUUAGUAACUCAUUGGAUCAUGGUACGAAAAUGAAUCCUAAAAUAGACGUUCUACAUGUGGACUUAAUAGGAGAAAAAUUCUGGGAGGAACAUUCUAACAUAUUGACUAGUAGAUAAUACUGCUAGAUAUUAUUGUUUUAGUAAAUUACACAAUUUUCAUGUGCAAAUAUAUUGUUCAGUUGUCUGUGUACUGCAUACCAACUUAUUGUCAUUAACAAACUAAAAAUCUCUUGUAGCUUGAAAGACCAAAAUUAAUCGUUUUAUUUCUAGGUAAAAUCAGAAUCUUUGGUGAAAGACAUAACUACGUUUUCAUUCUACUUGACUAAGAAAAACCAAUCUCUGCCAAUCAGCUUCAGAUGGAGAACUAUAACAUAGAAAAAUCAAUUGGAACUUUGUGAAAAUAGGGGUAAUUUAUGUAUAUUACAUAUGGAAUAGUAUCUGUGAUGACUAUAAUAACAUUCAAAUCUGGAAAUCAAAUUGUUAUGUUUUGAAUUACUUGUCAUCUGAAGAGUUUUGAAUGAUAGAAAACUGUGUAAAUUAAGAAAACUAAGAAAUUAUCUGGCCUUAUGAAUGGUGUCUAUGAUUAUUAGCUACUGUGUGCCCCAUGAUCUGUAAAAAUGAAUCUUAUUAAAAUAUUUUAAUGAAAAAUGCAGAAAAUUGGAGAAUUCAUAGCUCUCAUUGCCUUAGGUGGUACAAGUACUUAGUUAAUUUCAUUUUUUCAUCUGAACAUUGGGUUGUUGGUAUCAGCUUUAAGAUAUGAUUUGUUUUCUACUUCUAAACAUUGGGUAAAAGGUAUCAGUUUUAUUUAUAUUUCAUGUCUUUGUAUUAACAUUAGGGAGAUGGUAUCAGUUCUGGGUUAUUUAUAACUUUUUCAUCCAAAUACAAUGAUACACACUCCUUCCAACUCAAGUAGUAUUAGACAGCCAAGGAUCUGUUUGUUGUUUCCCUCAUUUAUUUUUAUUAUAAAAUCACAGCUCCUCUCUUAGGGUCUUUUUCAUAUAAUAACAAUUUUCAGGUGCAUCGUUAGAUUUAAAAUCAUUAAAUUGUAUAAAUAUUGGUAAUGAAACUUUCAAAGUUUAUAGUAUAGAAUCAUUUGUAUAGGAAGAGAUAAGUCAAAGUGGAUCUCUUGACUAAUGUCACAUUGUAAUUAUUUAUUCUUUAGUAUCAUUAAUAUCUUAUUUCAUUCCCAGCUUAUGAAUUUUGUUACAUUUUUGCUUUAAACAAUGUGGGGCACACAGAAGCUUUUUGAAACACAUGAAUUUUCAGUCAUAAUAGUUAGCAUUUCACCAGAUUUUUUUUAUAUCAUUAUUAAGGUUACAUACUUCAUUAACUGGUAUGUUUUUUAUAUUGUUCAGUAUAAAUGGUUUAAAUAUUAUGCAUGUAUGUUCUGUUGUUGUUACAAUAUUAUCUUUAUCCUUAUUAAAUAUGCAAUAUCCUUAUUUCUCUUCAAUUGUAUGGUGAAAUUUGAUUAAAUGUCUUGCUAAUUAUACCUUGUGAUUAUUGAUUGGAGGUUCGUUGGAUAAUUAAGGCAUGUAAAGGCUUAA